AUGUCAAUAGCAAUCAAACAGCAAUAUAGUGGUAUCAAAUAUCUCGUUAUUGAUUAUUGUUGUAGUCUUGAUAAGUUAAUUGCUAUGCUUUCAUGCACACCUCAACUCUGUCGGCUAACUUGUCAACAAGUGAAUGAAUCAGACGACAACAUCGUAAAAAAUGCACUCAAUUCAAUACUCAGUCUAACUCGUAUUUCCAUUGCUGGAUGUUAUGCAGAAUUUGAUGAAGCAGAAUUAUUUCUCACAAAUGUAUCACCUCAAUUAGAAGUAUUACGUAUUAAUACUUUUAGAGAUGUGACCUAUUUGGAUGCUAACCGAUGGAAACAAAUAAUUUCGCAACAUUUACUUCAUUUAAGUACAUUUGAAUUUAAAUACGAAGAACCUAUUGAUGAAGACUUCGAAGCAACACUUGAAUCGUGUAUUCCUAUAUCAAUAGCAAAUAAUGAACAAUACAGUGGUAUUAAAUAUCUCGUUAUUGAUCAUUGUUGUAGUCUUGAUGACUUAAUUGCUAUACUUUCAUAUACAUCUCAACUCUGUCGUUUAACUUGUUAUCAAUUGGAGGAAUCAAAGAAAAAAAUCGUAAAAGAUGCACUCAAUUCAAUACUUAGUCUGACUUGUAUUUCAAUUGCAGAAUGCUCUACAAAAUUUGAUGAAAUAGAAAUGUUUCUCACCAAUGUUUCAUCUCAAUUAGAAGUAUUGCGUAUUAAUACUUUAAAAGAUGUGAAUUAUUUGGAUGCUAAUCGAUGGGAACGAAUUAUUUCACAACAUCUACAUCAUUUAAAUAUAUUCGAGUUUAAAUAUGAAGAACUUGCUCGUGAAGGCCUCGAAGUAACUGUUUAUCAUGAAAGACUUAAUGAAUUCAACUCUUUAUUUUGGAUAAAACGAAAAUGGUUCUUUAGGAUUUAUAUUGAUACACGUUUUCAUGACGAUAACAUGAUGAUCUAUUCCAUUUAUCCAUACAGGGAAACUCACAGCAAUUUUCAUAAAGAUAAGAAAAAUGAUGAAAGUCUGAGUAAUGAUAUUAGUCAAAAUCUGAUACAACAUGGUAUCAUUCUCAAUGAUAAUGUAGAACCAAUACAAGGCAACUCUUAUAAAGAUAAUGAAGGUGCUGAAAGUUUCAUUAAUGAGAUUGGUCAAAAUAUGAGUGUACCAUGUCAGGUUACGACUGUACUUUGUACAGAAUCAAAUGUGAAAUAA